GCAUCUGCUUUGCACAGCCACAGGGACCUGGAACUCUGGAAGAUAGCUGCUGCUGCUGCUUCUUCUCCUCCAUUGCCAUCUAUCACCUCACCUGAGCUGAAAUCAAGAACUGGAUCUAGGAGAAGGUCAUGGUUCCAAGGAUACUCAUCGUUCUCCUGGUUGUGCUGCUUGGAUUGGCAUUCCAGGCAAUUCUCCGGCCACCACCUCAAAAAUUGUGUGGCUCACCCGGUGGACCUCCUGUGACAUCUCCAAGAAUCAAGCUCAGAGAUGGAAGAUAUCUUGCUUACAGAGAAGAUGGAGUUCAGAAAGACAAGGCCAAGUUCAAGAUCAUCAGUGUCCAUGCGUUUGAUUCCACCAAGGACUUCCCCUUGCAGGUUUCUAAGUUUGUCUGUCGAAAUUCAGGAACUGGUGCAUGAACUGGGAAUCUACAUUGUUGGUUUCGACAGAGCAGGGUAUGGGGAAAGUGAUCCGAAUCCUAAGAGGGAUGUGAAGAGUGAGGCUUUGGAUAUUGAGGAGCUUGCUGACCAGCUCGAGCUUGGACACAAGUUCUAUGUGUUGGGAGUGUCCAUGGGAGGAUACUCAAUUUGGGGAUGCCUUCAGUACAUACCAAACAGGCUUGCAGGAGCUGCCAUGGUUGUGCCAAUUAUCAACUACUGGUGGCCUUCAUUCCCAGCUGAGCUAUCCAGGCAAGCCUUCAAGAGGCUCAUCGUGCCAGAGCAGAGGACACUCUGGAUUGCACACAACAUGCCAUCUUUGCUCUACCAGUGGAUGACCCAAAAGUGGCUCCCUUCUUCUGCGGCAGCCAUGCGCCACCCUGAAAUAUUCAGCAAGCAUGAUUUGGAGGUUCUUCAGAAGAUGAUGGCAAUGCCUCUCAUUGAGAAUAAAUCUAGGCAGCAAGGCAUUUAUGAAUCAACACAUCGUGAUUUGCUUGUUGCUUUUGGAAAGUGGGAGUUUGAUCCAAUGAAUAUUACCAAUCCAUUUCCUCAAAAUGAGGGUUCUGUACACAUCUGGCAAGGUUAUGAAGACAGGUUGGUGCUGGUUGAGCUGCAACGGUACAUUGCCCAGAGGCUUCCUUGGAUCCAGUAUCAUGAAUUCCCUGAAGGAGGACACAUGUUCAUGCUGGUAGAUGGAUGGACUGACAAAAUCAUCAGAGCGCUCUUGGUUGGAGAACAGCUCUGAAGUCUCAUCAAAUCAUUCUGUGCUUGUUAGCUUAUCAUCGAUAGCCAAAAGUUAAAAUUUCAAACUUAUUAAUUCUAGAGUUGAUUUUACAUUUUCUA